AUGUUGGUGAUUCUCGUCAACUGCGUGUGCUUAGCCUUGGCAGACCCUCUAGACCAUGACUGUGAAGAAACGGAAUGUCAAUUUCUGACGAAAAUCAACUCUUUUGUCCUUUAUUUCUUCGUCGCUGAGAUGGUCAUCAAGAUGAUUGCCAUGGGCGUCGUUGGGAAGAAAAGUUAUUUUUCGGAGGGAUGGAAUAGACUUGAUUUUCUUAUUGUUGCCGCUGGGUAAGUGUGGGUUGUGAGCACAUACGCCUGUAUUUUAAAAGAUCACUCAGGCUUACACUCAAAGAGUGGAGGUUCAAUUUGAGCUUCCCUUGAGUGUCAGUGCUGUUUUUGAAUAGCUGGAGGAUGAGUAGUCUCAUAGUGAGGUACGAGACUGACACCCGCAUUCUAAAAGCUCACUCACACUCAAAGAGCGAAGGUUCAAUCUGAGCUUCCCUUGAGUGUCAGUGCUGUUUUUGAAUAGCUGGAGGGUUAGUGUCGGACCUCAAAGGAGAACAGUUUAGAACUGAUAAACUGAUCCUGUAUAAAUAAAGUAAGGCCAAAUAAAAAAAAUACUUGGUUAGCGUCACCGCCCGCCUCUCGAUUUCUGCCGCCUCUGAAUUUUUUAAAAUUUUUUCUAAUGUAAAUCUCUUUGUUUUACAGCUUAAAACAGUUUAAUAUUUGAAAUUUUUCUCAAGCUCAGACCUUCGCGCUAUAUACUGAUCGAUAGGAGCGCGUGGUCUUGAGUAUACAAGGUUUUUAUAGCAAAAUGGCGGCCUUCGCAACAUCAGUACAAAAAAUUUCACCGAUAUGGUGGAAAAACCGCCCCCAUCCCCCCCAAAAAUACUAUUAAAAAAUUAAAAAACGUGUAAAAAUUUUAAAAAAAAAGGCGCCCGCCCGCCUCUGAAAAUUUGUGAGAGUGUGACGCUAACCAAGUAUUUUUUUGUUUGGCCUUAGUUACAGUUUAUACUUAAUCUUUGCCCAUUCCAAAUGUCAAAUAUUCGUGUAAUGCCUUUUUCUCUCUUCUAGAAUUGUGGACGAGUUUUCUGAUCUGGGCGGAGCGUUUUUGGUCAUGAUCCGAUUAGUUCGUGUUCUUCGUCCGCUGAGAGCGAUCAAUCGUGUUCCAAGUAAGUUCAAUUUACAAAUUUAUUUAUUCUCGGAUAGCUCUUUCAGUACUAAACUGUUUUCCCUAGAGGUGCAGUAAGAGCCAUUCAAAACUGGCUCAGUGUUAGUACAGGACGAAAGCAGAGUACCCAGAGAAAAUCUGCAGUACUGGAAACGACUGAGAUGAAAGUACAACCAGACAACUUCAUUAUUCCAGGAAUAUCAUAGCGGUAAAAAGAAUGGAUAUACAUUUCAAACGAAGUAUAUGGACAUUUUCUAAUUAUUUUCCUAUAUUUAGGUAUUCGAAUAUUGGUAACUUUACUUCUGGAAGCAUUACCGCUGUUGGGCAAUGUGUUCGCUCUCGCUUUUCUCGUCUUGUUCAUCUUCUCCAUCAUUGGCGUUCAGCUAUGGCAAGGUGUUCUACGAAAUAGAUGUUUUGUUAAUUCAACAUUGCUCGACAACACGACAUUCAUGUAAGAGAAUAACUCGUAUUAUAUUUACAAUCAGUGAAAAAAAAAAUUAUAAGUGUUUUAAUAUGGGAUGGCCCUUACUGAACCUCUAGAGAGAAAAGUUUAGAAUUGAUGAAGAUAUCCAAUAUAAAUAAAGUUAGUACAGGAUAGGUGUAGGAUUCUGUCUGAUUCAGUGUGAUAAUCUGUUGAAAAAGGACCUCAAGUAUAAAGUUAGAUUAGUUUAGGUUCAUUCUUUAGUGAUACUGUACCAAUAUGGGACGACCAUUACUGAAGAACCCGAGCCAAAGGCAAAAGGUUGUAUGUCUGAUACAACACGAACGCGAAAGCUGUACAUAGUUUGUGAAGAUUUUCAACAGUUGUGUUUUAAGAAAUUAUUAAAAAAGAAGUGAUUUUAAUUGAUAAAGUAGAGGAAAACUGUUAUGCAAAUCAGGAGAAUUUUGUAUAUACAGAGGCACCAUCUCAUUAAACAUUUACAUCUUUUGAAUUUUUUUCCUGAAUUAUUAACGAGUUUACAAUAACCAGUUAAACCUUUUUACCUGACAGAGGUACCAAACCAACAAGCUGUUACUAUCAACCAUCUAUCGAAGAACCAGAUUUCCUGUGUUCACUAGCAUCAGACUCUGGAACAAAACGUUGCAGCGAUAUCAAGCGAGACAGCCGGCCUAAUUGCACUCUGGCAAAUCAUACUGCAAUUACCAAUUACUGUGAGUUUGACAGAUUUGGACCGUUCAGUAAUAAGGACUACCAAUGCUUACAAGAUGGACCUAACCCUUUCCAUACUACGGUAUCUUUUGACAACAUCGGAGCUGCCUGGAUAGUUAUUUUUCAGGUAAGAAUUUUGAACAGUUUGUGCCAGUGUUGGGAAUGCCGAUAAUACGAAAGAUUUGGGUUGACUACAGUUUGUUUUUUCAACAGAUUAUCACACUGGAAGGGUGGUCCGACAUAAUGUAUCUUAUACAAGAAGCUCAUGAUUAUUGGAAUUGGAUUUACUUCGUAAUUUUAAUCCUGGUAAGUUUGAAUCAUAUACCGGCCAAAAAUUGGACACUGUUUGAGUUCAUGUAAUAUAAAAGCUAUAAAAGCUAUCGCAAUGAAAUAAAGAUCAAUGCAUACAGAAAGGACUAACGUAGAUUUUGAUAUAUAACACUUGAAUUUGCAUGCAAUAUUGAGCGAGAUACAACCAAAAUAAAAAUAUUUAUUAUUUACAAGUAUAACUAUAUCUGUAAUUAUAAGGUUGUUUUAUGCUAAUUUUUGGCAUUUUCAAAAAAAGUAGCUCAACGUUCAAACAUCAAUAGCGCAGUCAAUAUUCAUGUAAAUUCAAGUGCUAUAUAUCAAAAUCUAAGUUAGUCCUUUCUGAACGCAAUGAUCUUUAUUGCAUUGCGAUAGCUUUUAUAAUUUUUACGUUACAUGAAAUCAAACAGUGUUCAGUUUUGUUUGGGACAUCCGGUAGAUAGUAAGUAUAGUCCAGUUUGUAUGUAUAUUUUGAACGAAACUUUCUAUCUCAAUAGCUUGGCCCUUUCUUUUUGAUCAACUUGUGUCUGGUUGUGCUCGCCAUGCAGUUUCAAGAAACCAAAAGUCGCGAACUGCAAUUGCUCGAGGAAGAUCGCCAGCGGAAACUGGAAGCACAGAACGUAUUCAAGCAGACAAAAUGGGGGAAAGUAUUGACUGUUGUGAAGUCAAACCUUAGCGAGUCGCUACACAAACGAUCUGAUCAACAACACGUCCAUCAUCAUCAUCAUUUCCAUCAUUACUACCAUCAUGAACAUGUAGUACAAUCCCCCCGGCAAAAUCCGGGGGAGGACAGCCCUCGGAAUCCUACUCUCGUUGUCUCCCACCAUAGUUCAGUCAGUCAUACGCCACCAGUGAUCCAUGAUCAAUCCGGGGCUGACCCUCCCAAGAACCCCACCGUCCGGAUCUCCCACCAAAGUUCAGUCUCAAAAUCCCCACCCACUGUGACCAGCGCUUUGUCCCAAGAACCCAAUGACUCGAUUAUAUCUUUAGAAAUGACCUCAAACUGUAAGAUUUCUCAGAAUUUUUUGUCUCCCACCUCCCCGUACUCUGGCAGGCUCUCCCCCACUUGGUCGGUGGAGUCUUCGGAACAAGUAUGUUUCUCGCCAGACGCUGAUUCCUUAUGUUCCGUUGAAGAUCUGGGCAAAACAUCUGCUUUUCCUAGUGUAGGUAAGAGCUUUGAGAUAACAUCUCUUUCGUUGAUAUUCGAAUUGAUAAUUAGAGAUUAAUUAAUUGAUUGUCUUUUAAUAGCAUCUGCCACAGCAUCAGCUACUGUUCACGUGAAUGUAAUUACUUGCCAAGUUCACGACGAACCGAACCACUUGAAGGAAUCUGAUAACACCGAAGUGACUGCUACAGCCAAUGCUUCAGUGAAAACCCAAACACAAGUGGCACAGAAAACACAGACAACACAACAGAAAACAAGUCAAGACGAUCCUAUCUUACGAGUGGCCUCCCCUAAGGUUACCAAAAAUAGGACUCCGACUUCUAACGCUAUAGAAGUUUUUAAUUCGCAAGACAAAAGCUCUCCUAAAGAAGCUGCCAAGAAUAGACCACCAACCCCCAACACGUUGGAAAUUUGCAAUCCGCUGAACAGAAGCUCUUCCAAGAGAAGCAGUUUGCACGCUUUGGACGUAUCUACGUUAAAGCCACAGGAUCUUGAUUCGUCAAACAACAAGUGCACAGAGCUGGAACCCCCAACGCUUGGGGCUACGUACAGAAAGAGGAGCGAAUCAUUUGAAGACGAGAACAACUUCUCACUUAAGGUGAUAGGAAGAACUAAAACUGAUCUAACUUUAUUAUACUGGAGAGCUCCAGCGGGGGUCAUUGGUUCAGUGUUACCACAGGUGGAAACCUAAACUAAACUAACUUUAUUUAUACUGGAUAGCUCUAUCAGUUCUAAACUGUUCUCCCUAGAGAUCCAGUAAAGAUCAUCUCUUAUUGAUCCAGUGUUACUACAGGAUGAAACCUAAACUAAAUUAACUUCAUUUAUGCUGAAUAGCUCUAUCAAUUCUGAACUGUUCUCCCUAGAGGUCCAGUAAGAAUCAUCUCUUAUUGAUUCAGUGGUACUGCAGGAGGAAACCUAAACUAAACUAACUUUAUUUAUACAAGAUAGCUCUAUCUAUUCUGAACUGUUCUCCCUGGAGGUCCAGUAAGAAUCAUCUCUUAUUGAUUCAGUGGUACUACAGGAGGAAACCUAAACUAAACUAACUUUAUUUAUACAGGAUAGCUCUAUUAAUUCUGAACUGUUCUCCCUAGAGGUCCAGUAAGAAUCAUCUCUUAUUGAUCCAGUGUUACUACAGGAGGAAACCUAAACUAAACUAACUUUAUUUAUACAGGAUAGCUCUAUCAGUUCUAAACUGUUCUCCCUAGAGGAAAAUCGGAGAAAACCCGAAAGGUUUGGUGUGGUUGAGUCAAAAUGGAAGCCCUCUUUUCACAUGUGAUUGAAGUGAAAUUAUAAUCAGACAACUGCAUAUAUUGCAGGGAUCUAACCGCAGCGCAGAAAUGAAAGACACAUUCACCAACCAAUGUUUCACCAGUGCCACGUACUGUUGCAUAAAAUGCCUCGUUUUGAAUUUUGAAGGUAUCAAGCCAACGACGUGGAACCGAGGGCAGCCUGGAUGAUAGAUUUGGGAGUAUGUUUGACAUACAGAGACAUGGCUUGUACUAUGUAUCGCAAGAGCGUACAGCCUGGCAAAGAUUUCGUGAGAUCUGCGCAAGGCUCGCUAAUAAUGCGACAUUCAUUAAUUUCAUUAUGGUCGUCAUCCUUAUUAACACUGUUACUAUGGCGACCGAGCACUACCAACAGGUGAGAUGAAUGAUGGGAUAUUUACUCGACCUCUACAGGCGAGAAGGUUUGGGUAUGGGGUUGGCCGUUUGCCUUGGUGAUCGGACAUUUACAAUUUUGUUGAAAAUGUUCGAAACAUCUGCUAUAAAAUAAUGUUAAACUAAACAAAACUGACAUUAUUUUUACACUGGAUAGUUCUAAACUGUCCUCCCUAUUGGUCCAGUAAGGGUCAUCCCUGAAUGGUCUGCAGUUAUAAAAACUAACUUUAUUUAUACUGGAUAGCUCUAUCAGCUCUAAACUGUUCCCCCUAGAAGUCCAGUAAGGAUCAUCUUUUAUUCAUUCAGUGUUACUACAGGAGGAAACCUAAACUAAACUAACUUUAUUUACACUGGAUAGCUCUAUCAGUUCUGAACUGUUCUUCUAGUAAGGGCCAUCCCUUAUUUCUAUCCCAAUGUUCUACAAAAGAUGAAUAAAAAAGUUUAAUGUUCAAUUUCUUUCUCUUUUGUAUAUGUGCAGCCUCAGUCACUGAACGAGUUUCUUGAAAUAUCUAACCUCAUAUUCAUCACAGUAUUCUCUCUCGAGAUGAUCAUCAAAAUCGCGGGUGAGGGAAUCCGUGCCCAUAUGAGCCAAUGGUUUAAUAUCUUUGAUGGCUUUAUCGUCAUUAUUAGGUAGGAACAAUUUCAUUUUUUAAUGUUUCUGACAUUUAUACUUCAAUGGUCUAUCAGUUAUGUCUCUCCACAGAGAUCCAGAAAAGGCUAUUCCUUAUAUGUGGGGAAACAGGAAUAACUUGUAAAAACGCUGUGUAGUAGAAGCACUCUACUUCGUGCAAUUGAUGUGAAAGUAUAAUCACAGAAGUUCUGUUUACGUUUUUGAAGCUCACGCAUCAGUUCUGUAUGUAAUAUGUUAAACCAGCUCACAUAAAAAGGAGCCUGUUGAUUGCCUUUCACCUAGGUUUACAAAGUUAUUUGAUUGUUCUUCUCUAGCAUUAUUGAAGUGAUAAUACUCCAAGGCAGCGGUGGCCUCUCGGUUCUACGUAGCAUACGACUACUGCGCAUAUUCCGUCUUAUUCGACCAAUCAGACACCAGCUUAUUGUGAUGGUGCAUACAAUGACCAGUGUCGUCACAUUCACUGCGCUGUUAUUCCUGUUCAUGUUCACUUUCGCUGUCCUUGGGAUGAAUUUAUUUGGUGGAAAGUUAAUCCUGCCCGGCUCCAACUGUACCAUGGAGACAGAACGGAGUAAUUUUGAUACAUUUCCUGCUGCUAUGAUUACCAUAUUUCAGGUGAGGACAAUUAGCUACCACUUGUUAGAUCUGAGCAUCCAGCGUACAGUAUGCAGUAUUCUACAAUAAGCUGUUGUGGUUUGUGUCUGAACUACCUGAAAAAGAUAUCUCAAACGUGGUGGUCCAGUGCAGGUAGUAUUCUACAAUAAGCUGCCGUGGUUUGUGUCUGAACUACCUGAAAAAGAUGUCUCAAACGUGGUAGGCUUAUGUAGGUAGUAUUCUACAAUAAGCUGGCGUAGUUUGUGUCUGAACUACCUGGAAAAGAUGUCUCAAACGUGGUGGUUCAGUGUAGAUAGUACUCUACAAUAAGCUGUCGUGGUUUGUGUGUCUGAACUACCUGGAAAAGAUCUCAGAUUGCUUGGAUUAAGACCAUAAUUAAACAAUGAACUGUUACUUUAAGGUAGUAAUUAAUUUAUUCAUCUUUUCAGCUUCUCACCUUGGAGGACUGGAACCUAGUUAUGCAGAGUGCCAUGAGGUCCACCAAUCAUUGGGCUGCAAUAUAUUUCAUAAUCUUGACCAUUAUUGGAUAUUACGUAUUGAUUAAUCUUCUGGUCGCCAUCUUGGUAGAGGGCUUUACCAACCCUUUGGUAAGGAAGUAACAUUUGGAACUUUCAUCAGUUAUCAACUGUUCUCCCUAGAGGACCAGCAAGUGCCAUCCAUCCCUUAUUAGUCCAGUGUUAUUACAGAAGAAAACCGAAGUAGUCUGAGAAAUAUGCGGUGUUUGGUAGAGUCAAAUGGGAACUACUUUUCCCACAUGCUUAAAAGUUCUUAAAACAGAAAUUUUGUUGAAUUGAUUUUGUUCAUAUCUUACAACUGUUCGAAAUUCAUUAAAGUUGCCAUUUGAACAGUAUAACAUCGCUUUUUACUGAUUUCUUAACACAAUGGCUGAACCCUUUAGUCCUUGAAUUUUCUGUUACAUUACUUUCACGUCGUUGAAAAUUCUUUGAAUUCUACGACAAGACUGAACUCAAUGACGUACUGAAUUACAGAUAGGCCAUAGAUGACACCGAUUUUUCCAAUGUUAAUAUUUUCUCCUUAUACAGCUUUUUGAACGCAGUCAGUCCGAAAAUCACGAGGAAAAAGAAGAUAUUAAACCCAAACCUACCACAGACUGGCUUGCUUUAAUAAAACAGGCCAAAGAACAGCCUACGAUCUCCGAACCGUCACCAGAAAAAGACGACUUUAGUGACCUAUCAGACAUUGAUAAUGAAAGUCCACAGACUAAUGACACUUUUACAAAAAGUACGUUGAAAACUUCCUCAAAUUAUUGCAGAUCAGCUAUACGCGGUGUUAUGGAGAAGCCUUACAAAAUGGAUCUAGAAACUGUUGAGAAAGGUUGUAACAAAUCUUACAAUUUUAACCCAUUCCACACAACACCUAAAGACAAGUUGCAAAGUUCUUCAAAAAGUGCUAGAAAUUUCAACAAUAAAGCAUUUAGCUCAACACCCAAACACGAGAUGCAAAGUGCUUCAGAGUUGAAGUCAAUGAGACCUUCAAUAAGUACGAAUCCAUCAAAGUCAAAGAGCAGUUGUUCUUUUCUUCGGCAAAUGAGAAGGGAUCAUCGUUCGUCUCGGAAUAACAAAGGAUUUUCUGAUGAGGAUAAGAAAUCUCCUGCUAAAGCCAACCCUAGGAUUGUCAUUACUAAUGAAGAUGGCGAUGUGAAGAAAAAUUAUGAAAAAUCAGGCACUGCAAAUGUAAAUAUGGAGGUAGUAUAUAGUAGGAAAUAUAAAACAUCUGUAUACAGUAAUGGUGGUGAGGGGAUGGUGAUGAAGAGGGUAAUGGUGGUUACUGGUGAUGAUGGUGGCAGCGUUGGUGAUGGUGGUGAUGAUAACGAUGGUGCUCAUGAUAAUGAUGUUGGUGAUGGUGAUGAUGAUGGUGAUGGUGAUGAUGAUGGUGGAGUGACGUGGGUAAUGGUGGUGGUGAUGAUUGUGAUGGUGAUGCUGUUGAUGAAGGUAGUGGUGGUUAGUGGUCAUAAUAAUGAUGGUGCUCAUGAUAAUGAUGAUGGUGAUGAUAAUGGUGGUGAUGAUGAUGGUGGAGUGACGUGGGUAAUAGUGGUGGUGAUGGUCGUGAUGGUGAUACUGUUGAUGAAAGUAGUGGUGGUUAGUGGUCAAAAUAAUGAUGGUGCUCAUGAUGAUGGUGGUGAAACUCUGUCUUUAAUAUUUAGUUUUUUUCAUUUCUUUAGAAACCCUUCGUUCACCAUUCGUCCAAAUCACUUUUUAUAUUUUCUGAAGAAAACAGGUAGAAUUUUGUAAACUGUUAAAGAGGACUCAUAAUACUUAUUAACAUUUUCUUAAAUUAAUUUUUUGAUUGAUUCUGUAGAUUCCGUCGUUUGGUGAUAAAAAUCACGGGCAGUAAAUUAUUUGAUAAUUUUGUGUUGUUCCUCAUCGUCCUUAGUUGUGGCUUCAUGGUUUUUGAUAAUCCUUCUCAUGUGAAACAGGUCUCACGUUUUAAUGAAUGCUCGACGUUUUAAAUUUUGUGUGAGUGUAUUCUUGCAUUGCCAAAUGAAAUCACAUUCCUGACUUGUACUAUAUAUUCUUUAAAUAGAAUACUGAUGUGAUAUAUACAGCCAACCUGGUUUUUACAAUUCUUUUCACUAUCGAGGUCGUUAUCAAGGUAAGGUCUCUUCCACUCAUUGAAAAAAUCAACUCGUAAGUUCGUUGCGAGUGCUUGCAUCUCAUUAAAAUGUUUAUUUAAUGAUGGUUCUGUAAAUUAAUUUUAAAGAACGUCAAAAUAUAUUUAUCACCCAACCUCUUAAGAGCCCCCCCCCCCCCUUCUAUCCCCCUUUUAAUAAGCCUCCAGUCCAGAACCAUUGGACUAAAUAAGCACCCAGGAACCGGUUGUUCGAAAACGGAUUAGCUUAACCCUAGGUUAACCUAGAAUUGAAAGCAAACUUUCCAACAGCUUGAAUAUAAACUGGGAAAUAUUUCUUCAGAAAUCUUGUCCGGAUCGAUAGGAGUUUACUUUUCUGAAGUGUUGAAUUAAACAGACGUGUAGAAGUACACAAACCAGGGUUAACGGGUUAAAUUUUAACCGAGGUUUAGCGCUAACCGACCUUUGAACAACCGGCUUCACGGAUGCUAAGAUAGAGGAAAUAUAGUAGGUAGGUCUAACCAAUGAGAGAAUUAACGAGGAGGAAUUUUCUUCAGGUAAUAGCUCAAGGUUUGGUUCUGGGAAAAGACACAUACUUGCGUUUCGGAUGGAAUAUCUUAGAUUUCAUUAUAGUCCUUGUCUCAUGGUUGCAUGUGAUUACAUCAUCGUUUAACUCUACUAGUCCGGGAAUACUGGGCUCAGUCAAAGUACUUCGUGCUCUUAGAACGUUGCGUCCCUUGAGGUAAUGGAGAUGAAUGUUUUGGUAGAUGUAUUGGUGGUUUAGUGGUUAGACUUCGAUUCCUGCAAUGUGCAGUUGUCUAAUUAUAAUUUGUCAUCAGUCACAUGUGAGAAGAUUGCUCCCAAUUUGACUCUAUCCAACACAAUGAGUUUUCUCGAGAUACUCAGAAUUCAUUCUGUAGUAACACUGAAUCAGUGGGGGUAGACAUUAUAUUAGACCUCAAGAGAGAUAAAACUGAUAGAACUAUCCUGUAGAAGUAGAAUUAGAUUGAUAGAGCGCUCCAGAGAUUACUUUACUUUUAGUAGAUGUAUGUUUUAUGGUUGAUAUUCAGUGCAUAACUGUAUGAUUUUUUAGGAUGAUUCGUCGAGCUCCUGGAUUAAAACUCGUCGUUGGAGCUUUACUGAGAUCUUUAAAACCGAUCGGGAACACUGUGCUUAUAGCUGGAAUAUUCUUUGUCGUGUUUGGAAUUCUAGGAGUUCAGGUUCGAGUCUUGUAUUACUACAAAUAUAAGUUCUCAGCGAACUAGUACACAUUGUUACAGAAAUCUUUGAAAAUUUCGCUAAUUUAUUGAAAUGGUUCCUCCGUUUUCCAAUUCUACACAUAUUGUUGGGAAACAAAAUUUGCUUCUCAGAAAGCAUACAUGUUUUCACUUCCCCACUUGGAAAACGAAAGAUACUCCUGAUUUUUUGAGGCCACUGGUUUACCCACCUUCGUGAAACAUGACGAGAAACAAUAUUAAGGAUUGUGAAUAACUGAAUGCAUUGUAGUUUCUAUCUUAAAAGUAAAGUGAAAUUUUAACUUAUCAAUAAUGGUAUAAUUUUCCAGUUAUUCAAAGGAAAGUUCCAUCAUUGUGAAGGCGAUCCUGAUGUGACAACAAAAAAGGAAUGUCUUAAAAAAUGGACAAAUCGUCCUUAUAACUUUGAUAACUUGGCACAGGUAACCUUUUUAAACAUUUAAGGCGGUUCAGAAAUAUCACCAUUGAGAGUGCUGACAUGGAGUGCUUACAUGAAGUAUUAUAUUUGCUAGGCGUUGGUGACGCUUUUUGUGCUUGCAACAAGAGAUGGAUGGGUGACCGUGAUGCAUUAUGGGGUUGAUGCUGUUGGGGUGGAUUACCAGGUGAAUACAGUCAACUUAUUGAGUUCAAAUUCAGAUAGGUCUAAUGAUGAACAUCCCGUGUUGGCCAAUGUUCCUGAAGAAAACCUGUUUGGAAGACCUCUUCUCACAUGUGACCAAAGCGAAAUUAUAAUCUGACAACUGUAUAUUGCAGGAAUUGAACCUCAGUCCCAGAGAUGAAAAACACAUGCAGCGGGGUGAUACUCACUAGUCACUUUGGGUUCCAUGACCAAACGCCUUUACUCAUAACAUCAGAAACCUUGCCUUUUACAUUGUGGUGUUUUUAUUUGUUUUAGCCCAAACAAAAUCAUAACCAAUGGAGAGUGUUAUACUUCAUGAGUUUUCUCAUGGUUGUGGGUUUCCUGGUGCUGAAUAUGGUUGUUGGAAUUGUGGUCAGUAAUUAUCAACUUUGUCAAGAGAAACAGGAAAAUGCUGAUAGAAAAUUGAAGUCACCAAAAACAGAGGACACCUUGAAAAUUGUUGAUAAAACACGAUAUGGUAAGAAGAGUCUACUGAAAUGUCACAGUACAAUACUAGAUAGUUCUAGGAGUUCUAAACUCCAUCAUCCUGGGGCAUCCCUUAUUGCGCAAGUACUACUACAGGAGAAAACCUAAACUAAACUAACUUUAUUUAUACUGAAUAGCUAGCUCUAUCAGUUCUAAACUGUUCACCCAAGAGAUCUAGUAAGGAUCAUCUCUUAUUGAUCCAGUGUUACUACAGGAGGAAACCUAAACUAACUUUAUUUAUACUGGAUAACUGUACCAGUUCUAAACUGUUCUCCCAAGAGAUCCAGUAAGGAUCAUCUCUUAUUGCGCCAGUAUUACUACAGGAGAAAACCUAAACUAAACUAACUUUAUUUAUACUGAAUAGCUCUAUCAGUUCUAAACUGUUCUUCCUAGAGGUCUAGUAAGGAUCAUCUCUUAUUGAUCCAGUGUUACUACAGCAAGGAACCUAAACUGAACUAAUUUUCUUUAUCCAGUUGUAGUCCAGUAAAGGCCAUUGUUCACUUCUCAAGAAUUACCACAGAAACCGGAGUACUUAGAGAGACCUACUAUAUUUGGUAGAGUCCAACUCUUCUCACAAGCGACUAAAUUCAACUUAUUUUUUCAACUAGAUAAUUUAGGUGGUCUUCAUCCGACUUCAUUCCGUGGCCGUUGUUUCCGUCUUUGUCACAAUAAGUACUGGGACCUAGCCAUUGCGUUCGUGAUAUGCGUCAACGUGAUCCUGAUGUCACUGGAACAUUACAGAAUGUCUGAGAAUUACAAACUUCUGUUGGAUGCCAAUAAUUACGUGUGUACAGGCAUAUUUAUUAUUGAAGCAUUUGUUAAACUCACCGCGGUUGGUUGGAGGUGCUAUUUUUAUGACAGGUAUAAUGACUCGCUUUUUAUUCCCAAAACUAAACUAACAUUCAAAACCAACUCUUGUGCUUUCGUGGUCACCAGACUUGCCUUUCAAGCUGGGAGACCCGGGGUUAAAUGCUUGGUCGGACUCUCAAGGUCUUAAACUAAUUGAGGAGAAAGAGCUACCUUUACAUUGACAUAAGUAAAUGGUUCUUCUCCGAUCACCAAUGAGUGGGAAACUCAAUAAAUGCUAAACUGUGGGAAUCGAACCCGCGACUUUUGGUCAGGCAUACUUUUCAGCUUGCCCGGUGUGGAUGCACACUCAGAGUAGCAUCACAAACAUCAUAUUAACUGAGUACAUAACAUCAACACACACAAAAAUCAUCAUAUCUUAGAAUACAUUGAUAUCGAAGGAACUAGAAUACAUUGAUAUCGAAGGAACCAAAAUAUCACCAACUGGAACCGACUUGACCUCGUAGCUCAGUUGGUGGAGCAUUGGAAAUGCUAAACGUUUCGCCCUCGAAGAAGAAACUAGAGUCAAACUAGAAACAGUCUUCUCACAUGUAACUGACGUGAAACUAUAUUUGCAGCCAACGGUGUAUUGCAGAAAUCUAACUCUACUAUACAUGUAACAAUACCCGUCCAGAUUUUUUCAAUAUGCGUAGUGAAUUUUUUUACCUUCAUUCCAGAUGGAAUAUUCUUGAUUUUAUGAUCGUUAUUUUCUCCAUUGCUGGUAUCAUUCUGGAUUUGGUGCACAACGCCAUGAAAGUUUCCGUGAAACCUAUUGUACUGCGCAGUUUGCGUGUUCUGAGAAUUAUCAGAGGUACAUGAAAAUGUUUUUUUACUCAAUUCAGUCCCGUGAUUAUCUUAACUACCGUUGUUCCUACAAUCAUAGACAAAUUUACUCGGACAAACAUGGCAAAUAAAUUAUUUUUUGAAACAUUUUCAUAUAUACUUCGUAAAGUCGGUCCCCCCUCCCCUGAAACAAUGUUGAUGAACACUUCAGUCAUUAUGGCAACUAUUGCAGUAUCUGUAGCAACAACAUUGUAACGGGGGAGCGGGGAAUACGGCUGAAUAUGCGUAUAAUUAUUCAGUGACCGGGAGCGGGGAAUACGGCCGAAUAUGCGUAUAAUUAUUCGAUUCCUUUAAAUUUCAGCCUUUUUUUAUCAGCGUCCGCAUGUUAUUUGUCUAAGAUUGUAGAUUAACUAUCAAAGUUUCUGUGAUCACAGUAGGAAUAUUGGAUCGGUAAAUUCUAUAAGUUUUGAAGGAUUUGUAAGACAUGUUUGAGGGAACUGACUUCGUGUUAAACACUAAAUAAAUCCUUCAGGACUUUAGUGAAUUUAACUAUGCAAAAUUCCUACUGUAAUCAGAGAAACUUUGAUAGUGUAAACCCUGCUUAAUGCUGGCAGUGACUAACGGUGUUUUGUAUAUUUCUAGUACUCAAGCUGUUCAAAGUUGCCAAAGGCGUGCGAUCUUUGUUAGACACUGUUAUCAAAUCUCUACCUCAGGUACGCUAUUUAUAAUCUUGAACUAUCUGUGCCAGUGUUAAUCUGCGCACAGACUGUCCCUCCCCCCCCCUCCCCGGUGGUGGAAGGAAAACAUCCCGUGAACCAGGGGAGAGCGGGAUGCAGUCUACGAGCAGACUAUGCCAGUGUAGGUGCCUACGAGAGCAGACUAUGCCAGGUAUAGGAGCAGACUAUGCCAGGUAUUCUAAAUAUUGAUAAAAACAACACUGUUUUCCUGGGACGUCCAAAGAAUUUGGGACGCUAUAGAUCGUAUGAUGGAACUUGUUCUGGGCGCUUUCUGAACGCCAUUGCAAGAUCAAGACAGUGUUAGGUUAUUUCUGAUCAUCCCUAUAAUUUGAUCACUACAUCUAAAUCCAAAACAUUGUUUCGUCCAGGUUGCUAAUCUUGGUAUUGUAUUGUUCCUGCUUUUCUUCAUUUAUUCUUCACUUGGGAUUCAAUUAUUUGGCUCCAUAGGUAAGCUGUCUUUCAUCUUAUCUUUCCUUGAAAACUCUCGUCUAACAAAAACCAUUUCUGUGUUCCAGAAUGUUCCGAACGCUACGAAUGCCACGGUCUUGACUCACACGCUCAUUUUCGCAAUUUUCCGACCGCCAUGUUGACGUUGUUCCGCGUGGCCACUGGAGACAACUGGAACACCAUAUUUAUGGUAUACAACUCACUUUAUUGGGAAUAAUUUCCCUAGUUUACAUACACACGUAAAAACGCACAAGUUGUAACAAACCCUCAGUAGACUUGUAGCAAUGCUGUUCCAACAGCUUGUCAACAGGAUGUAUUCGCACUGCUUGUUCCCAGCUUGUUGACAAGUUGUCAACGGCUUGUUGGCAACUUGCUACAAGGUUGUUGCACUCAACAGACUUGUUACAAGUUGUUCCAACAACUUGUUAUCGUUCUGCAAUUCAACAAUUUGUCAACAAGUUGUGAGUGACAACCUUGUAGCAACUUGAUAAAAUAACAGCAUUGUUACAACUUGUUGACAAGCUUGCUACAAGCCUGUUGCGAACACAUCUUGUUGACAAGUUGUGAGAUUUUUAUCAGUGUACCAUGUUUUAAAAUAAGAUUAACUUUUUAAUGCUUCAGGACACAUUACGUGCAGCGUGUGACUCGUCAGCAUCAUGCGAGAAAAACUGUUGUUUUAGUAAAUACGUGGCACCUCUCUACUUCACGACAUUUGUGCUCGCAACGCACUUCGUUUUGCUCAAUGUCCUUGUCGCUGUCUUGAUGAAAGACUUGAAAGCCUCGCGGGAAAAGUUAGCCGAAGUAUUGGUGCACGAGACAUUAGAAAAACGUGUCGUAAAAUUAACGUUAUCUGCCAGGAAAUUUGUAAAGGAGAAGGCUCGUUCUAGGAGGUCGAAAACUCCUGAAGACGUUGCAGAUGAUCAGCGUAUUGAACUGAAACAGAUGCGAAGCAUUUCAUUAGAGCCAGAUUGA